AUGGUCGAGGACUGGAGCGGCGCCAUUGCAGGCCGCAAGCCCCCGCACGCGCCACUGUCUCCAAGCACGCAGCAGAAGAGUCACGUUCCCACUCCUUCCAUCAGCGUCAGCGUCGUCGCUCCCGAUCCCUCGAGUCUACCGCCUUUUGGAUUAGAAUCGUUGGCCCACCCCCACCCCUACUUGCAGCAGAGUGAUGGUCUACCGCGCGCCACAUCCGGGUUACCUCUAGGUCGACGCAUGCGGCUGACCCUUGGACAGAAGCGCGAGGUCGUGGACCUCGCUGCAAGCAAGAAGUUCACCCACCGCGAACUGGCCGAGAAGUUCCGCGUCGGUCGCACGACCAUUACGAACAUCUGCCGGCAGGAAGAGUUGAUCCGCACCGAGACGGACUCGGCCGAUGCCGCCAAGAAGAAGCGCAAGACGACCAAGUGCACGUACGACUUGCGCGUGCUGGACGAGUGUCUGCACAAGUGGCGGAUGGAAGUCAAGGUCUCGAGUCCUGAGACGAAGCUCACGGGCACAGUCUUGCAGCAAAAAGCCAUGGAGUUGGCGUGCAAAAUCGUCCAAGAGCCGUACGCGGAUCUGCCGGACAAGGUGAAGCAGGCGCUGCAGCGCUUUACGGGCUCCAAUGGCUGGCUGGAUGGCUACAGAACGAGGUUUGGCUCGUUUAGUAGCAAACAAGGCCAUGGAGAAGGCGAGCCGGGUGUGAUUAAAAGCGUCGAUAUUCCAACGAGAUUAAGGGAGUUGCACCACAGUUUCAGUCAUGCGACGGUGGAGGAAAUGUGGACGGGCGCGGAGUUUGCUGUCAUGUACAAACCGCCAGUGCCGGAUGGAAGUGGACCGAUCGAUGUGAAUCAUGGACAGUACACGGUGUCGCUGUUUGUAAGUGCUGCAGGAGAGAAGUUUAAGAUGCAGGUGAUUGGAGUGGAGCGGAAUCCGGUGCUACUGGAAGGAAUUGAUACAAAGGAGAUGUACGAUAUUCAGUAUGAACACUCGAAAACAGGGUGGCAAGUGGCACAGACGACUGUGAGUAUGCUUAAGUCUCUGAACGCACUUGCGCGUGAACGCAAACGCACGUUUCGAGUGGUGCUGGACUCGGCGGUGCCACAUGUGAAGGCUGCAAUGAUUUUGGAUUCGCAAGGCGAUCAACGCACGUUCUUUGUGUACGACCAUCUUCAGAUUUACUUUUUGCCGCCGAAUUUUACGUCCUUGCGGUUCCAUCCAUGCCAUCUUGGUGUGAUUCAAGCGUUUAAAGCGCGUUUUCGCAGCGAAAUGCUUGAGUCGUUGUUCGGCAGUUAUCGGCAGAGUGUGAUCAGACAAGACCCGCGUGGCUUCCACCCACAGCGACACCUAUACACGCGCAACGUUUUCCAUUGGCUCUACGUGGCACUCCAUAGCCUGGACACGCAUCUUGUUCAGAGCUGCUGGGUCCACAGUGGCUUGCUGCCUACGAAUGUGAUUGCAUCGCUUAACUUGCGUGUCAUGUUGAAAAGUAAUGAUGUGACUCGGUCAUCCGUAAAUGUGACUCCAUCCACAUCUAGUGGCAGUGGUAGCGACAGCGCUAGUGCAAACUCUGAAGCUAAUGACGCAAAUAUUGCGGCUGCGAAUGAUGACGUUGUUUCGACCGUGGCCAAUCAAGGAGGUUUGCCAUCUCCGGCACAGUUGUACGGCAAUCUGCAGCAGCAGCUGACAAGUAUCGCACGGCUUGCUCCUGACUUUCUAUGCUGGAUCGGUGUGACUGAUCCUAGCGACGCACAGGCAUAUGUCGAGAUCGACGGCAAUGCUUCGGUUAUCGAUCCAGGUAUUGACGAGGUCCAGAUCAUCCGCAGCGUGUUACAAAAGCACGGGUACUUGUUUGCAAAAAAGCUCGACGAUGAGAGUCGUACAGAGGGGAUGCACGAAAGUCUUGAAGAUGUAGCCGAAGAGCCGUGCCCACGUCACGACGAGGUCGUGGCUUCGAUAAGUGUGCUAAAGAAGUAUCUGCGUCUAUCUCGGGACGCAUUGCCGUCGCGCGUUGAGGCUGUCGUGCAACUCAACCAAGUCAAGAAAGCAGUCGACGUAGCUGCCGCCCGUGCAGAAGCCAAUCGUGACGUGUGA